AUGUACUUCUUUUUGAGUCACUUGUCGUUUUCAGAUCUCUGUUACUCUUCUGUCAUUACCCCUAAACUCCUGGAUAUCUUGAUAGCUGGGGACACGUCUCUUUCAUACAUUGCCUGUAUGCUUCAACUGAUUUUUUUCAGUGUAUUUGGUAGUCUGGAGUCACUUAUCCUGGCACUGAUGUCCUGUGACCGCUGUGUGGCAGUAAGCAGGCCGCUAUUAUAUUACCGUAUAAUGACAGCAUCAGUAUGCCGACUAUUGAUAGCAAGCUGCUAUACCGUUGCCAUAUUGACUUCAGUCUUAAAUGCGUCCUAUGCAUUCCAACUUUCCUUCUGUGGACCAGUGAACAUGCAACAUUUCUAUUGUGACUACCCCCCUAUGCUGAAGCUUGCUUGUUCUGAUACCUAUGCCAAUGAACUUGUCCUUUUGUCCUCAGUGGCACUGGUUAGUGGCAUAUCUGUGGUUACUAUUAUGACUUCCUAUGGUUAUAUCAUACAUAUUGUGCUUGGAAUUAGGUCCACAGAGGGCAGGUGUAAGAUUUUCUAUACCUGUUCAUCUCACCUUACUGUAGUUAUCAUGUUUUAUGGUACUAUAUUGUUUAUGUACCUGCGCCCAAGUGUACAAUAUUUUUCAGAACAAGACAAAGUAGUGGCAGUUUUUUAUACUGUGGUUAUUCCUGCAUUAAACCCGCUAAUCUAUAGCUGGAGGAACAAAGACCUGCAGACUGCUGUCAAAAAGAUUAUGAGAAGAAGAUGCAUAUGUUAA